UGAUGCAUGAAGAGUAAGAAGUGGAGAUCACUUCUGACUAAUUACAAUCAAUGAAAAUGUGUAAAAUCUUCAAAGACCACGUAAGUUUUGGAUUCUAAAUUUUAGCAAAAAGAUAUAAAUGCUAUCGAUUUUUCAAAAGACGGAUAAUAUUUAGUCUCUUGUGAUGAUUAGGCUCUUAAUGUAUAUGAUGUCCAUUAGGGAAAGUAUAUUAGUUUUUGAUGAUAUAGGAAAAUGAGAACACUCUACAAUAAGGUUAAGGAAAUAGAUCUAGUGAGAUUUACACAUCAUAAUUCAUGUGUUUUAUGUGUCACAAAAAAAGAGCCUUAUGAUAUCUAUUAUUGGUCAUUACAUGAUAAUUAAAUAUUGAAGAAGUUCACGGGACACACUAAUAUGUAAAAUUAAAUUGAAUUACCUAUCUUGAUAGAAUACAUUGGCUAGAUUUAUCACCUGUCUCAGAUGAUUUUUUAAGUUGUAGUAUGGAUGGAACAUUAAGAUUGUGGAAUUUAGCAUCAGAAUACUAAACAUCUGAUGGUUUAUUAGAUUUAACUGCUAAAAAAACAUUUUGUGUAGCUGCAUUUGAUCCAUCAGGAUAAGUAUUUGCAGUAGUGUUUUUGGAAUAAUAUUAUUGUAUAUCAAAUAAUUGGUUAUACUUAUAUGAUUUUAAAAAAUAUCAUUCUGGAUCAUUUUAAUCCAAAAAGAUUAAUUGUAGUCAAGUUAAAUGUAUAAAAUUUAGUAAUAACAACAAAUAUAUUUUAUGUUCUACAGGAGAUGGCACAAUACUUAUUUUAGAUGCUUAUUUAUUAGAUACAGUAAAUAAUUUAGUUAAUAAAUAGAUUUGUGAAUUAAGUGAUUUCAGCAACCAGGGAUCAAUGAUAGAAGCUGGCUUUACUCCUGAUUGCAAUUAUGUAAUAAGUGGAAGUGAAACAGGUACUAUACAUAUUUGGAGUCUUCCACUUGGAAGUUAAAUUGCUAGAUUAGAUGGACAUUAAAAAAGAAGUAAAGUUGUUAAAUUCUGUCCUACACAUUUUUUAAUGGCUAGUGGUUGUAGAAAUUUAGUGCUUUGGAUUCCUGAUUAAUUUUCAAUUGAUAGCAUGAAUAAUAAUAAUAGUAGAAGAAGUUUAAUGAGCAUCUGA